UUCAGUUAAUGGUUAGAAAAAUUAUCCGAUGCACGACGGACUUACUCCCGACGAGGCGGGAUUAGUUCCAGAACAGUAGGCAGAAAAAAAAAUCGGAUUUCCUUUUGACCAGCUAGCCUACUGGGAUCGGGAAUGUGCUGUGAAAAGUGAGAGUGAAUGGGAAAAUAGUUUCGAAAACCGAUACAACACACGGCAGAGUGGAAUUAGUACAAAAUAUAGGGCUCAGGCAGGCAGAACAAAUUUUUGCAAUGAUGAGUCGAAUUAGUUCAUCGAUUAGUUUUAGUGUAGUUAUUCUAAUAGCUGUGAUCAAAGUAGCAGACAGUGUUUUGCCCAGUAACAUUAAGGUUUGCUCGCGCGGUGAACCAAAAAUGGAACAGUGUAUCAUCGACUCGGUGGAGCACAUCCGACCCAACCUGGCGAAUGGGGACUUCGGUCCGGACUUUAAGGUACCCAAGCUGGAACCGCUUUACAUCGAGCAAAUGAAAUUGCAACGGGGGCAGGAUUUACAGGCGGUGUGCAGUAAGCUUAACGUUACCGGUUGCAGUUCGUUCAAGAUUGAGCGAAUUCAUGCCAAACCGAGCAAUUUGUCCUUUGACAUUGGGCUGUCGAUGCCGAAACUCAACUUCACCGGGAAAUAUUCGCUGAAAAUGAAAAUAUUGUUGCUCAAUCUGCAAGGCAAAGGAAACCUCACUGGCACACUUUCAAACGUACGAGUGGCGGCUCGAGUCCGCGGCUACACGGAGAAAAUCGACGGCAAGAGUUACGUUCGCUUCCAUCGGAUCGGUUUGCGGUUGAAGAUCGACGACGGCAAGUUCCAGCUGGACAAUCUGUUCGGCGGCGAUCCGGUCCUGGGGAAGGUCGGCAAUCAGGUGAUCAACGACAAUUCGAACCUCUUUCUGGACGAAAUGAUUCCGAGUUUGGAGAAAAAUCUGAGUAAAUUUUUCACGGAAAUCGGUAACAAACUGCUGAAGAAUGCGACCAUCGACGAGAUGUUUCCCGAGAAAGUGGCCAAAGUGGAGAAAUGAGUAUCGUUGGGUGGUGAAGUGUCUUGCGGUUGCGGCUAUGAUUGUGGUUUAUGCUGUGUUUUGUUAGGUUCAAAUAAAGUAGGGAUGAUCGCUAGAA